GCAGCGGAGCGGGGUUCAGCCACACAUAGGUCUGGGUCUCUGUGCGGCCCUCUGACCUCGGCGCUGACGCCCACCUCCAUUGCAAGUUUCCCCCAGAAGCGUGGCGGGCCGGAUGGAGGUGUCCCCUGAGUGCGUGCAGCGGGGCGGGGGGCCGGUGCUGGUCCGCCGGCGGUCCCCAGCGCCCCUGGGCCUGCGUGAGAUGCUCAAAGCCAGGCUGUGGUGGAGGUGCGCGUGCAGCCCGCAGAGGGCCUGGACGCUGGUGCAGGACCUGCUCCCCGCCACACGCUGGCUGCGCCGGUACCGCCCACGGGAGGCCCUGGCAGGCGACGUCAUGUCCGGGCUGGUCAUCGGCAUCAUCCUGGUGCCACAGGCCAUCGCCUACUCACUGCUGGCGGGACUACAGCCCAUCUACAGUCUGUACACGUCCUUCUUCGCGAACCUCAUCUACUUCCUCAUGGGCACCUCUCACCACGUGUCCGUGGGGAUCUUCAGCCUGCUCUGCCUCAUGGUGGGCCAGGUGGUGGACCGCGAGCUCCUGCUGGCCGGCUUUGGCCCCGCCCAGGACGGCGUUGGGCCCGGGGACAACGGCAGCAGGGUCAACGCCUCAGCCGCUGCCGCGGGGCCCGGUCCGCAGGACUGUGAGCAGGACUGCUACGCCAUCCGCGUUGCCGCUGCCCUCACACUGGUAGCCGGCAUUUACCAGGUCCUCAUGGGCAUCCUCCGGCUGGGCUUUGUGUCCACCUACCUCUCCCAGCCACUGCUCGAUGGCUUUGCCAUGGGGGCCUCGGUGACCAUCCUGACCUCCCAGCUGAGGCACCUGCUGGGCGUGCAGAUCCCACGGCACCAAGGGCCGGGCAUGGUGGUCAGCACGUGGCUGAGCCUGCUGCGCAGUGCUGGGCAGGCCAACCUCUGCGACGUGGUCACCAGUGCCACGUGCCUGGCUGUGCUGUUGGCCUCUAAGGAGCUCUCAGACCGCUGCCGGCACCGCCUAAAGGUGCCACUGCCCACGGAGCUACUGGUCAUUGUGGCGGCCACGCUGGUGUCCCACUUCAGCCAGCUCCACGAACGCUUUGGCUCCAGCGUGGCCGGUGACAUCCCCACUGGUUUCGUGGCCCCCCGGGUGCCAGACCCUGGGCUGAUGUGGCGUGUGGUGCUGGACGCUGUGCCCCUGGCCCUCGUGGGCUCUGCCUUCUCCAUCUCUCUGGCUGAGAUGUUUGCCCGGAGCCACGGCUACUCCGUGAGGGCCAACCAGGAGCUGCUGGCCGUGGGCUGCUGCAAUGUGCUGCCUGCCUUUUUCCACUGUUAUGUCACCAGCGCCGCCCUGUCCAAGAGCCUCGUGAAGACGGCCACCGGCUGCCGCACGCAGCUGUCCAGCGUGGUCAGCGCUGCCGUGGUGCUACUGGUACUGCUGGCCCUGGCGCCACUGUUCCGGGACCUGCAGCGGUGCGUGCUGGCCUGCGUCAUUGUGGUCAGCCUGCGGGGCGCCCUGCGCAAGGUGAGGGACGUUCCAAAGCUGUGGCGGCUCAGCCCUGCUGAUGCGCUGGUGUGGGUGGCCACGGCAGCCACCUGUGCCCUGGUCAGUGUAGAGGUGGGGCUGCUGGCCGGCAUCCUCCUGUCUCUGCUCAGCCUGGCUGGCCGCACCCAGCGCCCGCGGGCUGCCCUGCUUGCUCAGAUCGGGGACUCUGGCUUCUACGAGGACACUGCGGAGUUUGAGGGCCUGGUCCCUGAGCCUGGGGUGCAGAUAUUCCGCUUUGCAGGGCCGCUCUACUACGCCAACAAGGAUUUCUUCCUGCGGUCACUCUACAGCCUCACGGGGCUGGAUGCAGGGCACGCGGCCACCAGGAAGAAGGAGCGGGGCCUGGAGGCGAGGGCCAGUGAGGGAGACCCUGUUGAGGGCGUGGACCUGGGCCCAGUGACCAGCACGGCUGCACUGGUGACCACGGCAGCCAGCUUCCAUGCUGUGGUCAUCGACUGUGCCCCAAUGCUAUUCCUGGAUGCAGCCGGUGUGGCCACGCUGCAGGACCUGCGCCGGGAUUACGGGGCCCUGGGCAUCACCCUGCUCCUGGCCUGCUGCAGCCCCUUGGUGAGGGACACCCUGAGGAGAGGUGGCUUCCUUGGGGGGGGCCAGGGGGACGCGGCUGACGAGGGGCAGCUCUUCCACAGCGUGCACAGCGCCGUGCAGGGGGCCCGAGCCCGCCGCAGGGCGCUGGCAGCCACGGACUCUGCCCUCUAGCAGCGUCCCAGGAGCCCUCAGCAGAUACGCUCCCACAACCGGUCACCGACCACUCACCACACCCCUCCAAGAGCGACACUGCGCCCCUCCACCCUGGAGGAACCGGGGAGCACACAGAAGCCCCAGACACUUGAACAUCCAAGAGCGGCACCUUUGAAACAAACUGUCACAGAGACACCCUGGGCCCGCGUGCUGUGCGUCCGUGGUCCUGCAGGGUCGAUUUGACACCAGGUGUCACCUCCUAUUUGAACAAGGGCCCAAGGCAAUCAGGAUGCCUCCAAGGUGCCCACAGGAUACUGGUCCCUUGGCCGGCCCAGUCCUGGGCCCGCUGGUGAGAGGGGGCAGCUCUGGCCGGGGGCCUGAGGAUCUCUGUGUCUCUGAAGUCUUCCAAACACACACCCAAGUGUUCCUUCGUCCCACGCCUUGGCUGGGCGGAGCGUUGCAGGGCCGAAGUGGGGUGGGACCAACGCGACUUCAGCCCAGCCCUUGGGCAGCGUUCCUGCAAAGCCUGACCCACAUGCACAUCACAUGAGGUACGUGGGUGCACACUUGCUGGUGCUGGUUCAGCCACAAAGCUGGUGCAGUGGGACACCAACCUGCCCCUGAGCCUCUAAGUGAUAUCCAGCGGGAUGUCAGCUGUGCCCAGUGCAGGGGCUGCCCAGCACCCACCAGAGCCCCACACAGGACACUCUGCUGGGAAGUGCGAGGGCAACAGCCCCUCAGAGCAGGAGCCCUCUCUUCUGCCCCCGCCGCAGCCCUCACACUGCCCGGUCCUGCAUACCCCAACACAGUUCUCCCCUUAGCCUUGGUCCCCCUCUCCAUGAAGGGGGCUCUGCCGGCUG